AUGGAGCAUUUGAAGAUAUUCCAAACGACUCAAAUUGAGGAAAUAUUCGCAAUUCAUUUCAUCUAUUACCCUGUAAAGAUAGUUAAUUAUGGAGGUGUAAACUCAGAUAAGUUUCCCGCGGACUGUAUGUCCGAGUCGGAUUACGACGAGAUAUCGCAACAAUCAAAGUUCGGGACUAACAUUAAGCUGAAUGAAAAUUCCAUCAAGGGCGCCGUUCGCUCUGAGCUGAUCAGGUUCUGUUUUAAGCUUUCUGCCUCGUUGAACCCAGAAGAACACAGUGAGAAGUACUCCCUGGUGGAUGUCACGUUCCCGAAGAAGUACCCCUCAAAGUCACCCUUUAUUGUGAUUAAAAUGACGCUACCGAUGUCCAGUGACGACAAGAGGCGUUUUACGUCGAGAUUGUUGCGCCUUGUGAAGGGACUGCAGGGCAACGUGUGCGUAUUUAAUGUGUGUCUGUACAUAAAUGAAAUAAUGGCGAAGUUGGCCUCAGGGGACCGAGACGGCCUGUGGGACGAGACGACGGCCAGAGAUGACACCGAGGAGGUCAGAGACUCUAACACGGACUUCAUGGAAGAGGGCUCUAGUCACAACGAGGAGAGCUACGACGAGGAGGUGAAUUCGAGCAACGUGGAGGAGGAUGCCAUGCUAGCCGAGGACGACCCGAACUACAAGUACUCGGAGAUCGAUUUCAAGAGCAUCCCGAUAUGGUCGGUGCAGUCGAUGGUGCAAAUCCCGGUGUGGUACCAGAGCUUUAAGGCGAGGGACGAGGAAGGCAAGGAGUUCGAGCCGGAGAAGCUGAACAAGAGCCCGCUUAAGUCGAGCGCUCCGAAGCUGAAGAUACGCACGAGGAUCAUCGAGGACAACACGGCGGCGCAGACGAGCAUAACCUCGAGAGACAAGGAGGACUCGACGAGGUCGCUCGUGAGCGAGGAGAUCUUCUUUACGCACGACUCGGUGAAGAAUCUGAGCUCGAUCAAGAAGACGCUGAACGAGUUCUACAACGAGACGUACGACCGCUACGAAAGGGACUUCGUGGAGAACGACUACAUCCUCGAAACGAGCUCCUUGAGUCUGUGCUCGGUGCGCCACGUGCUGGACCAGAACCUGUACUACAUCAAGGUCUUCCACCUGCCGCGCCUGUGCCCGUACGUCAACCUGUCGAGCGACGACGUGCGCCAGCUGCUGCACAGGUUCCGAGUGAGAAGGAGGCUGAUUCUGAAUGAGAUCAUCUCGAGAGUGUCGCAGCUGUCGAAGCUCGAGCACAACAGCAUAUGCCGCUACUACCAGUCGUGGCUGGAGAAGAAGCUGAAGGACCAGGAGGUGAACAGAAUCCUGAGGAUGUGCAACGACAUAAUGGAGUCCAGGUCGUUCGGGCCACUCUUCAACGCUGCGACCACCGACGAGAAGAUGAUCCUCCUCUUCAAGUAUUGCCCGGAGCUGGGGGAGCAUUACCUGCAGGAGUUGGUGACGGAGCGCAACCUGUACAUCCAGAUUCAGAAUUUCGACUGCCACACGAUGCGGUACGAGAUUGAGAACAACAGCCUGCACAAAAACCAAAAGCUGAUCUGGAGCUUCAUCAGGCACCUGCUGGACGUGUUGACGUAUCUGCACCAGAACAACGUCUACCACCAGUGCAUCUCAGUGGACAACAUAUACGUACACACAGACGUGUACGGAACAGGUCUGAAGCUGUCGGAGUUCGGAAUAACGCACCUGGGCAGGAAGCUCUUCUCGUGCGAAAACGAGUGCAACCGCAAGUCGUGCGAGUGCCAGGAGUACAAAAGGAGCAUGCGAAGGCACCUGUACCAGUCGCACCCGUCGAGUUACGGACUGAACCCGUCGCUGCAGCACUCGGCGCCGCCCGAAGCAAUCAAUUUCACGUCGCUCAACGGGUACAAGGUGAACGCAGCGUCAACUCCGAACUCAAGUGAAAUAAGUCGAGCCGGGUCGUUCCGCGCGAAGAGCAUGUCCUCGAUUAAGAGCCUCAACUCGACGGAGUUCGACGACAUGGAGUACGAGGAGGUCGUCGACCCGUACUCGGCGAUGCAGGAGGACAUGUUCGCACUGGGCCUGCUGAUUUUCAGGAUGUGGCACCCGCCGCUCGACGAGAACAGCUACCAGGAGCUGCUGGUGAAGGUGGUUAACACGCAGACGUUCCCGGACUACUUCCUGGAGUCGACCCCGCCCAUCAUAAUAACGACCCUGACGAGGCUGCUGGGCAGGGACAGGAGGCCCACAGCAAUAGAGCUGAUCAGAGAGACUCUGGUGCCGCCAGUCAUGGACAUUUACAUGUACAAGCAGUACCUGCGCAAGCUCGAAAACCCGGUUUCCGAGGAGUCCCUGGACGCACUGAGGUUCCUCCUGUCAAGAGACUGGAACUCUGAUGUCUCCAAAUACAGGCACAGCCACGAGCUGGAAAUAAUGACCCAUAACUCGUACGUAGCAGACUCCCUGGAAAGAUUCAUGAGGGGCCGGGGCGUCAUUAUAAGGCCGCCUCUGCCCCUGCAGAUAAAGACGUAUGAAAACAAUGAUAAGUUGCUGGGCAUCGAUGGCACAAAUACGCUCUUUUCAGUCGGUGGGAGCAUACGAAGGUCGCUGCUGAGGUCCUUUGAACUGUAUGCAGGCGACGAGAGCCGAGUGGGCAUAAAGCAGUUCGCAGUCGGGGACGUGCACGAUGAGGAAAAGUGCGUAACAGGAGCAGUCUUCUCAAUCACGACGAAGGUGGACAGCGACCUCAUAGUCCCCAACUCAGUGGGCAAGAGAGGAUUCGACUACAAGAACCUGGACGACAAUUGCAUCCUGAUGAUCUCGAGCCAAGUUGAAUUGAUUCUGGUAGCAAUUGAGUCAAUGCUGUCACUAGGCCUGGGAUUUGAGUUCAGACUCACGAUAACAUUCCAGCCGCUGAUAGUGGACUUUAUAUCGCUGGUGCUGAAAAUAUCAACGCAGCACGCAAAUGUCAUAUUCUGCAGGCUGCAGGCAACGGACAUCAACGAGUACACAUUCAACAUGCUGCUGGAGGAGUACUCGAUUGAGAAGGUGGGUGACAACAGGAACCUGGUCGAUCUGCUGGGCAGCAAGUUUGGGCUGAUCGAGGGGCUCAGGAGGCUGCACAGGCAGGUUUUGAACGGACCGAUACCGAAGCAGUACCACAAGAACUUCGUGGCACUUUACCAGGAGAUUAACAAGUUGGCGUCGCCGGCCUCGGAGGCGACCGAGCUCACCAACGGGGACGCGGACUCGUUUGAGGACACGCUGGUGUUCGAGCGCUACUACAGGAGGAUCAUGUACACGGUUGAGCUCGCGAAGAUGCUCCACUCCCUCGCACUGGACCAGUACUGCCUAAUAGAGUUUGUUCUGGGCGUGUAUUACACGGAAAUCUGCGACUACUCGGUAGACUUCCCCUUCUUCCUCGGCUUCAUGUCCGACGAGAGGAAGAACCUUGUGAUGACGGGGGGCUGCUACGGAACGAACACGCUCUUCAUGGACGAGGACAACGUGUCAAAGAUACUCCACUUCGACAUCCAGUACUUCCUGGACGACCUGAUAAAGCUGUCGAUAAAGGACGCGAGGAAAAUCGAGGGCUACACGAUCACGCCGACGAAGACUGACGGAGUGGACGUGGUGAUAACGUGUCAGACGGCAAAGCUGCUGCCUGCAGCGACCUCGAUCGCGAACAAGCUCAUCGACUCGGGGAUUUCGUGCGAGUGCAGGGCGAUUCCGCUCAUUUUCACCGGCGACUUUAACCUGAGGCUGAGGACGGUCGACAGCGUCAAGGCCAGGGUGCACCUGCAGAAGCUCACGAACACCGCCUCAGAGGAGACUCAGUCGGAAAGGGUCCAGAGCGAGAAUGUGGACAAAAAUUUGGCGGAGGAGGAUAUCGACGAUAAGACACACCUUAACAUUCUGUAUCACGUUGAACCCAUAAACGGGUCCUUCGGCCAGGCCAGAAAAAUAGAUAAUGAAGUGGCGCUUGUCCAUUUUAUAAUUGGACAACUGACCUAA